AUGGAAGGAGGAGAGACGGCCAGGAAAUAUUCGCGAGCCCUCAUAGGCAUCUAUGUGAAAUGCUGUAGUUAUGACUUCCUGGAGAUCAUCGAGUUGGGAGCGGAGAACAUCUCUGAGCACGCGCACGACUGGAUCGACCACCACGACACCUUCAGCUCGGAGAACGAGGUAUGGGAAGACACAGAGAGCCUUCUCCCGGAAUCCGACGCGAUCAGCGCUGGCUGGUCACGGGAAACUCCGGCAAGCCACGCGCGGCGGUUGUGCGGCGACUGGAGCGGCAAGCUGAAGCUGCUCCGCUACCAGUCCCGCGGGAACGCCAUCAGGCUGCGGUUCAGGGCGGACCACUCGCGGCACUUCGCGGGGUAUAGAGCCAAGGUCACUGUCGCUGAUGCUCAGUCAUGCAUGGACGUGAAGCAAGUACUGUUCAACGGACACUGCUACCUCUUCUCCGGAUAUCCGAAGGCUUCGUGGGCGACGGCUAAGCAGGUAUGCGAAGGUCUGAACAUGCAGCUAUCUUCAGUCCACUCCGCCGACGAGGAGCGGUUCAUUGUCACUGGCAUCAGGGAAAGCAGCGAUUACAGCGCUAGAGCGGUGUACUGGCUCGGCGCCCGUCUAAUAAGCGGAGAGUUCAGCUGGUCUGAUGGAAGCGCUGUUUUGUACCAAGGUUGGCCGCCGUAUAAUGAGACCGAGGACCUGGAUGAUGCGUGUUUGGGUUUUCAGUGGAAGUCAUCCCCGCUAGCCUCGCAGCCGAGCGGCCUCUACUGGACCCUGCAUAAGUGCGCAGUCACUGGUGGCUAUGUUUGCAAGCGGAAACUCACUCCCGACCAUAUAGUCAAGAACAGAACUAUUGAAGGUACUUCGGGCGUCCUUUCAAGCCCCAACUAUCCCAGCGUGUACGACCCUGACCUGGACUACUGGGUGCAUGUCGUAGGACCCUCGGAGACCAGGCUGGUGUUCGUCUUCCAUGCAGUCGACCUGGAGUACCAGAAGGACUGCCUUUACGAUUUUGUUGAGCUGCGCGAUCUUCACACGGCUAAAUCUUCCCGAUACUGCGGCAGUGUUGGGGAAACGAGAUGGGUGGCGGCCAGCAAUGCAGCUGUCUUACACUUCCAUUCCGAUUACAACACGCAAGGAUCAGGGUACAGUCUCAGUUGGAAAGCAGUGGAGCUAGUAGGAUGUCCAUCACAGACGUUUACCUCCAAGGAGGGAGUACUAAGAAGUCCCAAUUACCCUCAGUUCCUACUACCGAAUCUGGAUUGCACUAUUGACAUCAUAGCACCAGCAGGCAAACGCGUGUUCCUCAACAUAAGCCACUUCGAUUUUGGUUACGGUACCUUCGAUAAAGGAGUUCCCAUCAACAUCACUGACAACAUCCCUGAGGACGCCUUCCUGGAAGUCCAAGUGGAUCUGGAGAACUCCCCUAUCAGGCCGUUCCUCAGUCCAGAGAUAUUACCAGGCGGAUUGUUUGUGUCCCAGUCAGAGAUAUUGAGGUUACGGUUGAGGACAGGAGAAAAUAUAACCGGGCAGGGGUAUCUGGCGCAUUUCAAGACCGUAAGCUUCCUGAACGUAUCGCACGUGUUGGAGCUGGGAGGCGUCCGGUCGGGGCGGAUAGCGGCGCCGAACUGGCCGCAACGCGCACCAGCUCGCUCCACGCUACGCACGCGCAUCCUCGCUCCCCACCACAACACGUUGACGCUGACAUUCGCAAGCACUGUGCUUGUGACGUCAGGGGAAAGCUGGCCUUGCGGCGAUGGCAAUGGUUGGAUAGAGGUGAAAGACAGCUAUACAGACUACAACGGCACUGAGUGGACGCUGUGCGAGGUGGACCGGCGGAAACGGAAGCUGGAGCCGAUGGCGCCGCUGAUCAUCAAUUCCUAUCUACAUUCCUUGGUAGUCACGCAGCAUUCCGGAGAACGGGGGAUGAACAUGGACGUCGCGCUUGUGGUUAACCAAGAUCCGGAGUACCACAGCAAAGUGUUGUUGUUGUCGGACGAGACGAGCAUCGAGUCUUGCUACCCCAACCCGUGUCUACACGAUGGCCGCUGCGCUUCGGAUGACAUCAAGAACUUCUGCCAAUGCACCGGAUAUUACACAGGUAUCUUCUGCCUGGUGACGGCGUGCGAGCGCUCGCCCUGCCUGUUCGGCAACUGCUCGCUGUCAGUGGAGGGCGCGGAUGGUGGUGGCGGGGAGGGCGGGGCGGGCGGCGCGGGCGGCGCGUGGCGCUGCACGUGCGCGCGCGGCUGGCGCGGGCGGCGCUGCGCCGAGCGCGUGCGGCCGUGCGCGGCGCGGCCCUGCAACGCGCGCGGCGCCUGCACCGAGCGCGACGGCUCCUUCCUCUGCCAGUGUAACCCUUCUUGGAAGGGGAAGAGGUGGGUAAAACGAUUGGUUGUUAGUUAG